CUAUAGUAUGCUUUGGGCAAUCUACUCAUUUUAACAAUAUUGGUUUUCCAAUUUGUGAGCAAGGAAUGUUUUUCUGUUUGGUUGUGUUGCCUACAAUUCCUUUCAUCAGCGUUUUGUCAUUCUCUGUGUAGAGGUCUUUCACCUGCUUGGUUAAAUAUACUUCUCAGUGUGUGUGUGUGUGUGUGUGUUGUGUGUGUGUGUGUGUUUGUGUGUUCUUAAUUUGGUUCUCGGCUUGAAUGGUACUGAUGUAUAGAUAGGCUAUUGAUUUUUGUAUCUUGAUUUUGUAUACAGAGACUUUACUGAAGUCACAUAUUAAGUCUACAAGACUUCUGGUAGAAUCUUCAGGAUUUUCUAGGUGAAGGGCUGGACCGUGGAGUGUCUGGAGCCCUGAGCUUCUAUUCCACGGGGUGAGGAAAUGCAGCUGGGCAGAGCGGAAACCCCUGGUUUGCCCACAAAUACCUUAAUGAUGAGUGCCGGCCACAGUCCUGAUGCGUGUGGCUGGGGCAGCAGGUGGGAAAUGCCCUGAGGUCCCUGUUGGGGGUGAAGGGGCUACGUCGGCUUCCAGUCCCAUAGGGAGGAACAUUAACCAUUUCCCUAUCACACGCCUGCUCCAGGGCUCAUGAGUCUCUGUUCAGACACACACUGUUGUCCUUCCCCAGGCCACAGUGUGACUGAGAGCCGUGGGAAACACCUGCCUGCCACUCUCCGCAGGAAUCAUCCUAAGGUAGACCCUCCUCACUCAGCGCAGUGCAGACCCCUCAGCGGCUGCCUGUGUCUGACGUCGUCACACUGCUGCUUCAUGUAGCUGGGAUGUGGGGCUUCUGCCUUUCUGGCUGGACAAGUGGACGUCAGUUGUGGUGUUGCUGGCUGGGGGGAUCCAACCUCAGGCCCUGGGGUGAGUGGUCAGGUGCCAGCAGAGUGGGAAACGGCUGGCAGUUCCCCUGAUCACAGGCCUCUAGGUGACCAGCUGGACGGCGUUUGGGAUUCCUAAAGGGGCUGUGCUGGGAUUCGGCUCUUCCAGGGCUCAGGAGCCGGCUGUGAUGAGGAGCGAUGGGCCGGUCCCCAGGUCACCGGCAGAACUCUCAGGUGGGGCAGGCAGAACACUCAGGUGGUAGAGCCCAGGGGCAGAUCACAGGCCUGUGGAGACUGGGCUAUCAGAAGAGCUGGGGGCUUCGGCUGAAAUGUCCAUGUUGGGGCAUGGCGGCUGUGCGGUGGGUCUGUGACUGGAGAGGGCAGGGCCCCUUGGCCGGGGCACUGGAGACUGGCAGCUGUGGGGCACAGGGCCCGCUCACACUUCCCUCCUGAAGAAGUGGCACUCAGUUUUGCUCUGGGGACAGGCAAAUGUGCCAGGUCUCCCUACUCCCUCCCUGGGCCUGGGGCAGCAGGGGCCGAGGCAGAGGUGGCAGUGAAUUCAAAGGGCUUGUCAGGGGCCUCUGAGCAUUGGGCUUUCAGAGGGCACACAGCCAGGGCCACAGUGUUCAGAUGGGGGCAGGACGGGUGCACUGGGGCCCUGAAGCUGGCAAGCCCCAUUUAGCAGGAAGGAAGCCCCGUUUAGCAGGAAGGAAGCCCCAUUUAGCAGGAAGCAACAGAAGUGAGGGAGCCAUUGGGUGCUCAGCUUGGCUGCUUCUGUGGCCCAGCUGUCAUAUUUAUCCUGGGAGCCCAGAGAGGGCUGGCCUCCUCCCUCCCUGCUAAGGCAGCGGCAGCUGGACCCAGUCUGCUCAGCGAUCAGAAGCCUGUGGGAUUCCAUGUGGGCUCCGGAGGCACCUCUGCCAAAUCUCCAGGAACUCCUUGUGUGCCUCUGCAGGCCAAGGUGGGUCAGGGGCUCUUCUGUGAGCAGGAUUGUAAAGGGCCAAGACAGGGGUGUGGAUCCCAGGGGCCUCACACCCACUCACGCCUUCCCAGUGUUAGGGAGCCUCUCACCCACUCACCACUUCUCCAUGUUAGGGAAUCUGUCACUCACUCACCACUUCUCCAUGUUAGGGAAUCUGUCACUCACUCACCCCUUCCUCAUGUUAGGGAAUCUGUCACUCACUCACCACUUCUCCAUGUUAGGAACCUCUCCUGGCUCUCAGCUUUUCUUCCCCGUGCUUUCCAUGUCCUCAUCGUCUGCUGAGCCCCAGUGCGCUCUCUUAGAAGAUCCCUUUGGUAUUUUGGUAUUUACUCAGCAUUUUGAUUCCUCUUAACGAGAGAGGCACAUGCCAGCUGCUUCCAUUCAGCCCACUUGAACCUGACCCCAGUCAUUUUUUCCACGACUUUUUCCUUUGGGAAAUCCAGUCCCAAUGUGCUUGUCAUUCAUUUCAGAAUAAUUUUUAUUUUCUCCAGUAGUUUUAAAAUUACUUUUUAUUUAUUCUAAAUAUCCUUCACUCUACCAUAGUGAAGACAUUAAUUUCAUUUAUGAAUUUGUGCACAUUAAGCUUAUGUUCUUUCUUCAUUUCUGUAAAAAUGUCAACUAUUUUCUUUGCAGGUAUUUACUAACAUGCUCCUUGUUUCCUUCGUUCUGAAAGUGUGACACACAGAGAGAGAUCUGUUCUCUCCUGUCAUUCUAUUUCUUGUGUGCAUUAAUUAUCUUUUCUAUUUUUUUUUGAUUUCUAAGGUUUCUCUGAUGACUUAUGAAAAUUUUAGUAAUAUCCUACACCAAUAUAAUAUUUAUCAUUUUAGCUGUGUCUUGUUCUUGAUGAAAUUAUUUCUAAAUAUGUUACUAUAACGUACUAUUUUUCAUCUCACAAUAUCUAUCCGAUUCAUUUCUAUAAUUGCCUGUUUUUUCUCUAAUGGAUUCUGUGAUUUUCAUUCCUCUGGGGUGGUUUCAUCUCACACACCUGAUCUUCCAUACAGAGUUUCUCCUAGGGCUGACUCAGGAACGAAAACUCCUGAGGUAUUGCUGUAGCCACUCCUGCCCUGCAGUGUCCACGCUCCCAAGCUUAGAAUCAGCUCCGUGACAUGCCCGGCACGGCGGGGCCCAUGUGAGCCUCACACCCAUGUGCGAGAGAUGUCUGGUCCAACAAUGAUAAAGCACUUCUGUGUCAUGUGCACCCGGGGGAGGUGGCUCAGUGCUGAGUGUGGCCCAGGUCACUGAGCAGAGCUAUCCCAGAUUCUGUCCACAAACACAGAAGAGGGGGAGCCACGGUCUCCCUAGGGUCCCACGGUUUCCUCCACUUUUUUCUUUGUUCUGAGAGACAGACAAAGUGCCAUGACUGCUCUGUGAGCUGGACUGAUGCAUGUUUUACCUGCAGACUUGAACUCAAGCUGAGGUCUUGAACAUUCCUAGGUACUGAUAACGCACCUUAGGCGGUUUCUAGAAAACACUGAAAAAUUAACCCUUUUGCUAAUGAUGUAGAAACAAGCCCUGCCCUGAACCAAACUCCUGAAAUCCUCAGGUUAAACUUCAUUACCCAAUCCCCUCACUGCAGACACCCAAUAGAAAAGUCACAGAUGCAGGAUGAGAUGACUCAUUAUUAAAAGGGGGAAGUUGAGAAGGGAACUAUUUUGUUGAAAGAAAACCCACAAUCCAGUGCCAGGAAAGAAGUCAACUUUUCUUCCUAUUUCCCUGCAUUUCUUCUCUGUGCCCACGGCCACAUGCAGCUCAGCCUGGACUGCACGGCCAGGUGUCAGGUGUGUCUCUGCUGACCUGAGCCUGCCUGCUGCAUGGACCUGCAUCUUCCCUGAAGCUUCUCCAGGGCUGGAGAGAUGACAGCUAUGAUGACACAACCCCAUGACAAGAAGACCUAGCCUCCAAGUGUCCACACCCUAUGUGUCUCUGUCCUGCCAGCACCGAGGGCUCAUCCAUCCGAAGAGCAGGGCAGUGGGAGGAGACGCGAUGACCCCCAUUCUUAUGGUCCUGAUCUAUGUCGGGCUGAGUCUGGGCUCCAGGACCCACGUGCAGGCAGGGACCCUCCCCAAGCCCACCUUCUGGGCUGAGCCAAGCUCUGUGAUCACCCAGGAGAGUCCCGUGACCCUCAGGUGUCAGGGGAACCUGGAGACCCAGGAGUACCGUCUACAUCGAGAAAAAACAUCAGCAUCCUGGAUUAGGCAGAUCUCACAGGAUCUUGUGAAGAAGGGCCAGUUCCCCAUUCAGUCCAUCGCCUGGCAACACACAGGGCAAUAUCGCUGUCAGUAUCGUGUACACACUCGAUGGUCAGAGCUCAGUGACCCCCUGGAGCUGGUGAUGACAGGAUAUUACAGCAAAUCCACCCUCUCAGCCCUGCCCAGCCCUGUGGUGACCCCAGGAGGAAACGUGACCCUCCAGUGUGGCUCACAGGUGGCAUUUGAUGGCUUCACUCUGUGUAAGGAAGGAGAAGAUGAACAUCCACAACGCUUGAACUCCCAGCCCUGUACCCGUGGGUCAUCCCGGGCCGUCUUCUCCGUGGGCCCCGUGAGCCCGAGUCGCAGGUGGACGUACAGGUGCUAUGGUUAUUACUCUCGCUCUCCCUAUGUGUGGUCUUUACCCAGUGAUGUCCUGGAGCUCCUGGUCCCAGGUGUUUCUGAGAAGCCAUCACUCUCAGUGCAGCCGGGUCCUGUCGUGGAGCCUGGGGAGACCCUGACCCUCCAGUGUGGCUCUGAUGUCGGCUAUGACAGGUUCGCUCUGUACAAGGAUUGGGGACCUGACCUCCUCCAGCGCCCUGGCCGGCAGCUCCAGGCUGGGCUCUCCCAGGCCAACUUCACCCUGAGCCCUGUGAGCCACUCCCACGGGGGCCAGUACAGAUGCUCCGGUGCCCACAACCUCUCCUCCGAGUGGUCGGCCCCCAGUGACCCCCUGGACAUCCUGAUCGCAGGACAGUUCCUUGACAGACCCUCCCUCUCAGUGCAGCCGGGCCCCAGGGUGGCCUCAGGAGAGAACGUGACCCUGCUGUGUCAGUCACAGGGGUGGAUGUACACGUUCCUUCUGACCAAGGAGGGAGCAGCUGAUGCCCCCGUGCGUCUAAGAUCAAAGUACCAAUCUGAUAAAUACCAGGCUGAAUUCCCCAUGAGUCAUGUGACCUCAGCCCACGCGGGGACCUACAGGUGCUACGGCUCAUACAGCUCCAUCCCCUACCUGCUGUCUCACCCCAGUGAGCCCCUGGAGCUCGUGGUCUCAGGACCCUCCAGGGGACCCAGCCCCCCACCCACUGAUCCCACCCCCACACCUGGAGGCCCUGGGGACCAGCUUGUCACUCCCCCGGAUUUAGAUCCCCAAAGUGGUCUGAGAAAGCACCUGAUGGUUGCGACCGGGGUCUCAGUGGCCCUCGUCCUGCUGCUCUUCCUCCUCCUCCUCUUCCUCAUCCUCCGACGUCGACAUCAGGGCAAACGCUGGACAUCUGCCCAGAGAGAGGCUGAUUUCCAACAUCCUGCAGGGGCUGUGGAGCCAGAACCCACAGGCAGAGGCCUGCAGAGGAGGUCCAGCCCGGCUGCCAACACCCAAGAAGAAACCCUCUAUGCUGCCGUGAAGGAGACACAGCCUGAGGAUGAGGUGGAGCUGGACACUCAGGCUGCUGCAUCUGAAGCACCCCAGGAUGUGACCUAUGCCGAGCUGCGCAGCUUGACCCUCAGGCGGGAGGCAACUGAGCCUCCUUCGUCCCAAGCAGGGGAACCUCCAGCUGAGCCCAGCAUCUAUGCCACUCUGGCCAUCCACUAGCCCAGGGAGGACCCAGACUCUACACACCAUGAAGACUCAGGACCCCAGAAGGCAUGGAAGCUGCCCCCAGUGGGCACCAUUGAACCCCAGCCAGCCUGGACCACUAACAUAGACCACCAGAAGAUUCUGGGAACUUUGGGAGUCACCUGAUUCUGCAAAGAUAAAUAGUAUCCCUGUAUUAUCAAAAUAAAGAAGCAGGCCUCUCAGUUCACAAUGAGUUAACUGGUAAAACAAAACAGAAGUCUGAAAAUGUUUUUAAAUUGAUUGAUCAUGUAAAUAUUACAUAUCAAACCAAUGACAUGGGAAAAUAGGAGCUUCUAAUGAGGACAAACAAAAAAUAGAGAAAAAGUAAUAAAGUCAAAAGGUUUAUUCUCGAAAACAUUAAUGAUACAUGAAUCUUGGCCACAAUGA